AUGACUUACUCAAAGAACUACAAGAAACUGCAUGUGACUGAUAAACUAUUCGAAGACAUUGCAGAGUACUGUAUCUCUAAGUCAAAAAACAAAGAAGAAUGUUUCCAAGAACUGGAUAACACUAUUUUUCCAGUAAUUUCUUGUGAUACACUUUCUAUUUGGAUCAAUGAGACCAGAGUUUUCCCGGAUGGAAUGGAAGGUCUUGAGUAUGACCAUCGUCAUAUGCCACGAGAAGUUAUAGAUGUCAUUCUGAGGAAAUGGAGUGUAAAAUCGAUUCAACUCAAUAUGAUAUAUUUCACGAAUGAAGGGAUGUGCAGUGUCGACUGGUUACAGUAUGACUAUUUCACUCGAGUCAGACUAAAUGAUCCAUAUUUCAAAACUCAGAAGUCUCCAGAUCUAAAGUUCACAAAUGUCGAUGUGGAAAUGUCGGAUUCGAUCUAUUGUGUGAGAGAUCUAGGCGUUCGUUAUCCAAAAUACAAAUCUCCGAGAGGGUACGCCAACUUCAUUCCAAAUAUUAGAAGAUUAUUCCCAACUGACAAAAUAUCGAUGGAUCUGUCACAUUGGUGUUGUAUAGCCAAUGAUGAUAUCGAGAAGAAGAUGUCGACUAUAUUGUACGUGGUCUCAAUGGAACAGCCUCAGAAUUUGAGUGUGGAUAUCAAAUUUUUUGUGGAAUCAGCAAUUGUCAAAAAACUCAAUGAGGAGACAAAAAAAGAAGAAUUGUUUGGAAUUGCUCCGAAAUAUAAUUUCAGAAAACAUUGUUUGCAAUGUUAUAAAAAAUCUCUACCGUUUGAAGUGAAACUAGGUCCGGAUGCAUUUAAUUCGGAGAAAUGGAUUGGAAGAAGGUUUCAAGUAAAAAAUACUAUCAAUCAAUUCAAUUUCAAUUUGGAUGUGUAUAUCAAAGAGAAGGAUUUGGAAGAUGAAUUGGAUAAGGAAAUGUUGCAAAAAUAUCCUAAUUCUUUUGUCGGACACUUUUACAAUUGA